GGUGCGCAAGCGCACAGGAUCCUAGGUUUUUAGGAGGCGCUGCGCAGCUGGUCGGACGCAGAGCGGAGCAGCGAUAGGAGAUGCCCCACGCCUUAGCGUGAGGAGCGGUCAGUGGCGACAUGGAGCGAGUCAGUUUUUUCUAUCUCAGGGACCGCUUACAUCUGAGACGAACCACAGAACAGCAGGUGCCUGAGGUGGAAGUCCAAGUCAAGCGCAGAAGGACAGCCUCGCUGAACAACCAAGAGUGUCAGCUGUACCCGAGGCGACCCCAGCAGCAGCCAGUGCCUGUGGUGGACUUCCAGGCCGACCUGAGGCAGGCCUUCUUGGCCGAGACCCCAAGAGGCGGUUAAAGUGGCGCUGGAGCCUGACUGCAGCAGAGAGCCAGGUUAGAGCUGAUGAAGUAACGACCAGGCUCCGUCUGCUGUUUGAAGCUUCUUCCCAGCUGGCAUUGUUUAUAGGAGAACCACGUCAUACCUUUAUCUGUAGCCUUCCCCUAGGUCUUAAGGUUCCAGAAACUUUACU